GCGCGCAGCAACUUCGCGCAGGACUACAGCAGGAGGUCGGAGGCCACCGACAUGUGGAGCAUCGGGGCGAUCGCCUUCCUGCUACUCUGUGGCUACCCGCCCUUCUUCGCGCCCAGCCGCAACGCCGUCCUGGGCCGCAUCCAGCUCGGGGAGGUGGCCUUCGACGGGGUGCUCAGAGUCGGCGCCCUGCUAUGGCAUUCCGAGACGAGAGCAGUGUCAGAGGGCUGA